GAAGGAGGGGAGAAGGCAUCGCUGAGUUUUCUGGAAUAACUUCACAACAUCAAAACAGCCUAAGAUUGGUGCUUCUGCCGCCCGAGAAAGGCUUGGGAGGUGGGAACCGUUGGUGGGACGUGCUCAGGGCUCUGUGGGAUCAUGUUGACCUCCUGCUUGCCUUGGUGGAGAUCCAGUGCUACCUGGAAGCUUUGGCAGUCGGGUCGCUUUUUGCCUUGCAGCUGGGAGAGGUGCCACAUACUGAGUCGUAAACCAAUCAACAUGACUGCGUGGCAGGGGCAACAGGUUGCCGCUCAGGAAAAACAUCUGUUAGAAGACCUGGAAAUACCCCUUGCAAGAAGAGAAACUGAGACCCUCUUUCAAGAGCAGCCUGAGACUGGGAACCAGUAUUUGGAAGACCCUUUGCUUCGGAGUUACUUGAAAACACAUCUUCCUCCCAAGGUACUGGAGGAGGUGAAUCAAGAUCUGGAGAGAUUUGGAAACCGUCUGCUAACCGAGAUCACAACUCUCGGAUGGGAAUGCGAGUUGAACCCCCCUGUGUUUCAGCAGUAUGAUGCCUGGGGGCAGCGGGUGGAUCGCAUCCUCACCUCCUCAGCCUGGAAGAGGAUAAAGGAGGUCGCAGCAGAAGAAGGGUUGAUUGCUGCGGCCUACGAGAGGAGAUAUGCUAACUGGAGCCGUCUGCACCAGGCUGCCAAACUGUACUUAUUCUCAAGCUGCUCUGGAAUUUUCGGCUGUCCACUGGCCAUGACUGAUGGAGCAGCCAAAGUCAUUGAGUCCCUAGGUAUUCCUGAGUCUCUGAAAAAUGCUUUUGACCAUCUGACAUCCUGUGACCCCAAGAAGUUCUGGACCUCUGGCCAGUGGAUGACAGAGCGCAGAGGAGGCUCUGAUGUUGCUAAUGGCACCGAGACAGUGGCCAGAAAGCAGCCAGAUGGUUCAUAUCAUCUCAGUGGCUUUAAAUGGUUUACUUCAGCUGCUGAUUCUGACAUGACACUAACCCUGGCCAGGGUAGUGGAUGCUGAAGGACAAGUAAAACAGGGUUCCAGUGGCCUGUCCCUGUUCUUCCUGAAAGUUCGAGAUGAGGAGGGGAAGCUGAACAACAUCCAACUGCAAAAGCUGAAAGACAAGUUGGGCACACGGCAGAUGGCAACGGCAGAGCUGUGGCUCAAUGGAGCUAAAGCAGAGCUGAUCUCUGCAGAGGGUCGUGGAGUGGCUUCCAUCUCUAACAUGUUGACCAUAACGCGAAUCCAUAAUACCAUUGCUGCAGUAUCUCACAUGAGAAGGAUGGUCAGUCUGAGCAGGGAGUACGCCCGUAAGCGAGUUGCCUUUGGGAAGCUCCUCAAGGACCAUCCCCUACACAUGCAGACGAUUGCCCGACUGGAGGUGCAGACACGAGGGGCAUUUCUUCUGCUUAUGGAGAUCAUUCGCCUGCUUGGGCUUGCAGAAACCACCAUGGCGAGCAAGGAAGACCAGCUUCUGCUAAGACUGCUGGUACCAGUGGCCAAGCUGUACACUGGGAAGCAGGCUGCUGCUGUUGUCGUUGAGGGCAUGGAGAGUUUUGGAGCACAAGGGUAUGUGGAGGAUACAGGCUUGCCAGUCCUAGUCCGCGAUACUCUGGUGCUGCCCAUAUGGGAAGGAACAACAAAUAUCCUGGCCCUUGAUGUCCUGCGAUCCCUCACCAAGAGUCAAGGACAGGUGAUGGAUGUGUUCUUCUCCACAGUGCAGAAAAAAAUGGAGCUGGCUUUGAGCACAGCAAAGCUGGAAUGCGCCGUGAAGCAAAUACAGGACGCCGUCAGCAGCCUCGCACAGUUCAUGCAAGCGGCUGCUUCCAAGGGGGCAGUGACCAUGGAGCUGGCAGCAAGAGACUUCUCCUACAGCCUAGCGAGGAUCUAUGCAGGAGCUCUUUUAAUUGAACACGCAGCUCGACCUGGUGCCUCCCCCACAGACAUCUCUGCUGCACGAAGGUGGUGCCACCAGGAGCUGUGCCCCGUGGCCCAGGAGCUGCAGAACAGCACCUACGAGGCUGAGGAAGCGCUCGCCGACAGCGCGCUGGUGUACGAGGGCAGCCCUGCCCACAGCAGGCUCUGACUUACCCGGGCCAGCCCCAAACCCAGCAGGUUCUUGCUUUUCAACACUGCACGUGCCCUUCCACCCUGGCUCCUGCUCGAGAUGGGUUCUCUCCCAGGGCAGCUUUUCCCAGCGCUGUGGCUGCGAGCACAAUCCAUUCUGGCUCUGGGAACGGCUGGCCUGCGCUCAGGACAUAAAAUAUUUAUCCCUCAUGGCAUAAAACAAAGGCUUUGCAACCCCAAUUUUCGCUUUUCCUGCUCUCACCUGGCCAAUGCGAUCGUUAUGGGCGUUCUAUGGCGCUGUACAGGCCAGCCUCUGCUUCUGACUUCUGCUUUCAUGUUCUGCUUUGUAUCAAACAAGAUUUGCUGGCAGAGAAGCUUUACCUUCACAUGAAUUGUUGGGCACCUCAACCCUGCUGAAGCUGUUGGCUCUGCUGAGAUGGGCGAGAAGAAUGUUCCCAAGCUACGGCGCUUCAAUCACGGGAUGCAGUGAAUCGCGAUGUGCAGCUCCAUAAACGGCCAGCGUCAACGCUGUGAGCAAAGCUGCCCUGCGACAGCUCUGGGGAGGAGGCAGUUUAAAUUCCGUCACUCAAAUUACAUCGAAACUCUAUAAUUGGUAGCAAAACUAAAGAAUAAAGAUAAUUUUCUUCAUUUUU